AUGCUAUACCAGUACAACACAUACAACCUCUACGAAUUCGACUACAGCGGCCAUACAUCUUCCUCCUCCGUACUUCCGGGAAUUACGUCCCCGCCCCUUUCCUCUAGUACCCAAAAUAGUGGUCAGUCAUCUUCGCAACCACCAAGCCUCCCUAACGCUUCCUCUCGCCGUCCGCCAACUUCCCCAGCCAUCUCAGGCGGCAUUGCUACUGCGGUAGCAAUAACCACCCUUGCCGCCGUUCUGCUCUGCUUCUGGCUGCGACGACGACGAACUACCCGCGCACGCGCGCUGCUCGCGACGCAGAACGGCCAGAGCAUCCCCGACAUGACAACACACGACCAGACCCCCUCCGUAUCUAUCCUACCCUCGGCCGCGCGGGUUGCCCCCAAGUACCGGGCGGACAACGGCGUACCAGACUCGAACCCCACGCGCACGCAUUCUCUUGCCGCGUCCGGCAGCUCGCGCGGCGCACUCUACGGCAGCGGGACGAGUCUCGAUCCUUCGCCCUCGUCGCGCCCGCCCUCCUUUCAGGUUCAUGCCAGUGGCAGGGACUGCGAGCGUCUCGGACCUGAGGCGCGUCCGCGCCCCCUCCCGCCAGUCCCCGCACCCCCUUCGACUGAGCACCCACCGGACCGCUCAGAGCCUGAGGGAGUGGAGGCGGCCUUUGCGAUGGCUCCAUCCGAGCUGGUGACGGAGGACGUGCAUGGCGAGCGCCUCCUCCAUUUUGCGCUCCCAUGGCGCCUUGGGCAACGUAUGUUGGCGAUGAUGGCGGGUGAAGACGUGCACUCGCAGGUGGAUAGCGACGGCUCGGAGCCGCUGCCUGCGUACGAGCCGCGCAGAUACUAG